CGGGGUGGCAGCGGUUCCGCCGGCGAGACCCGGCCCGCAGCCCCGGCUCCGGGGCGGCGCGGGAGCGAGAUGCUGGAGCUGAGGCACCGCGGAGGCCGCCCGGGCCCCGGGGGAGCGGGGGCGCCGCCGCCCCGCGAGGGAGAGGCGGCCGGCGGCGACCACGAAACCGAGAGCACCAGCGACAAGGAAACAGAUAUUGAUGACAGAUAUGGAGAUUUGGAUUCCAGGACAGAUUCUGAUAUUCCAGAAAUUCCACCAUCCUUGGAUAGAACCCCCGAGAUUCUCAAGAAAGCUCUAUCUGGUUUAUCUUCAAGGUGGAAAAACUGGUGGAUUCGUGGGAUUCUGACUCUAACUAUGAUUUCCUUGUUUUUCCUGAUCAUCUAUAUGGGAUCCUUCAUGCUGAUGCUUCUGGUUCUGAGCAUCCAGGUGAAAUGCUUCCAUGAAAUUAUCACUAUAGGUUACAGAGUCUACCGUUCCUACGACCUACCGUGGUUUAGAACCCUAAGCUGGUACUUUCUACUGUGUGUAAACUACUUUUUCUAUGGAGAGACUGUAGCUGAUUAUUUUGCUACGUUUGUACAAAGAGAAGAGCAACUUCAGUUCCUCAUUCGCUAUCAUAGAUUUAUAUCAUUUGCUCUCUAUCUGGCAGGUUUCUGCAUGUUUGUGCUGAGCUUGGUGAAGAAACAUUACCGUCUGCAGUUCUAUAUGUUCGCAUGGACUCAUGUCACUUUACUGAUAACCGUUACUCAGUCACACCUUGUCAUCCAAAAUCUGUUUGAAGGCAUGAUAUGGUUCCUUGUUCCAAUAUCAAGUGUUAUCUGCAAUGACAUAACUGCUUACCUUUUUGGAUUUUUUUUUGGGAGAACUCCGUUAAUUAAGUUGUCUCCUAAAAAGACUUGGGAAGGAUUCGUUGGCGGUUUCUUUUCCACAGUCGUGUUUGGAUUCACUGCUGCCUACGUGUUGUCCAAAUACCAGUACUUCGUCUGCCCCGUGGAAUACCGAAGCGAUGUCAACUCCUUUGUCACGGAGUGUGAGCCCUCCGAACUUUUCCGGCUUCAGAGUUACUCGCUUCCGCCCUUUCUGAAGGCGAUGUUGAGACGGGAAACGGUGAGUUUGUAUCCGUUCCAGAUACACAGCAUCGCUCUUUCAACGUUCGCCUCUUUGAUUGGCCCAUUUGGAGGCUUCUUUGCCAGUGGAUUCAAAAGAGCUUUCAAAAUCAAGGAUUUUGCAAACACCAUUCCUGGACACGGUGGCAUAAUGGACAGAUUCGACUGUCAGUAUUUGAUGGCAACUUUUGUGCACGUGUACAUCACAAGCUUUAUCAGGGGUCCAAAUCCCAGCAAAGUGCUGCAGCAGUUGUUGGUGCUUCAGCCAGAACAGCAGCUAAACAUCUAUAAAACCCUGAAGACUCAUCUUAUCGAGAAAGGAAUCCUGCAGCCCACCCUGAAGGUAUAACUGGACCCAGAGGGGGAGCACUGGCCGGAAGGAAUUCUUCAGAGCAGCACUGACAGACGCAGUCUUGUAACUGUACAGAACAGUGGUUGGAAAUGUAAUAGAUUUAAGUUUUUGCAGACAUGAAUGUUCCUCUCUGAAAUUACUGUGAAUGUUUACCAAACACUUACUCGGUCUAAGUUACAAAAUAAGUAGCCAGUUGCCAGCAACGUAUCCUGUACUUUUUCUGAAGUGUGUUUUCUGAUGUGAACUUCCUUCCUCUUCCUUGCUGGGUCUCGGAAUUGAAAAGACUUGUAUUUCAAAGAGUCGAGCACUGUAAAAUGCAUAAGUUGAGGAUGUCUUAAAAUUGCACCCGGCAGCCUGCCUGUUUGCACAAAUAUUUACAUUUGCACUUGGAGCUGCCCGUAAUUUUAGCAAAAUGUUUGGUGUAAGGCACAACAGGAAGUCAGUUCUGCUGCGCUUCCUCCGCACAGUCUGAAGUAUUUUCUAAAGGGCUUAGUUGGAUCAAAAAAAAAAAAAAAACAUUGUCCACUUUUGAAAGCAGUCCUCAUUUGCCAGGGGGAAACAUUCUGCUUUAGGUAGCUUCAGAGUCCAGGAGAUACUGUCCUCAAGGUAUAGGGGAAAAGAAAAGAAAAUGCAGGAGAGGGGGGCUGAAAUUUCUGCCAUUUAUUGGUCUGUUAGAAAGAGCAGGCAUCAAACUCUACUUCUGAUAAAAUUGUUUGGAAAACCACAACCUCGCAAAAAACUCAUGAAGAGAAACAAAGAAUUCUGCUGUGAAGAACACCGUGGACGGGUCGUGCACGGGUCUCUGCAGAGGACAGGGGCUCGGGAGGCAGCCUGAGACAAGGACACGCGGCCUGGGUCUCCUCUCCCCGCUUCCCCGAGAACCAGCUUCCAGUAAGUUCUGCAGCCACGAGCACAGGCAGGCCCUCACCGCGCGGGGUCUGGAGUGGAGGGGCGGCCGUCCCGCCCGGCAAGAAGGAAGACCCGCCUGGAGACCCAGGCCCAGCCCAGCCUCCCGGUGGCAGCUGACCUUUGCCCUGUUGCUCCUUCGCAUCAUGUCACAAAGUCUGAGGACAUCAGCUGAUGAUUUUUUUCUUCUAAGAAUGGAAAUCAAGCAGAAGUGAUUCCUACCAAGAACAAAAAGCACACAGAUGCCAAACCUUCCCUUUCUUUCGCGGGCUGGACACCUGUCACCAGGUGAGACUAAAUUUCUUACCCGUGGACGCAGGCAGAGCUGUCGCUGUGCCCUGCACGGCCGUGUUUACUGUACUGAGCACUCGGCACUGACCCUCCAGAAAUCGCCCGUGCCGCUGGGUCCGUGUUCAGAGGGGAGAAAUAGAUAUAUUUUAAAGAGUGUUUUGCUAAUGAAAAGAGUAAAUAUUUUUGUUUGAAUCAGCAACAAAUUUCAAUUAUUGUAUAUUUCCGUCCGGCUACUACACCUGAAACGAAAGAUGGCGAGUGUGCCCGGGUCGCACACCUGCGGCCUCACCCCCCACAUGUGCUCUGUGGUCACGGCAGCCACGCGGCACCGAGAGUCUCGUGUCUUGGUCCGGCCUGUGCCCGCUUGCUCCGUCCCCCCGGCUGUGCUCAGCGCAUUGCACACUAUUCCAUGAACAUCGAGAACUGGCGUUGGAAAUGUCGUUAGAGGCGGGAAUGAUGACUUUUAAAACCAGGCAAGCACCAAGUUAAUCUUCAGCAUCUCACAUUUUCUUCCUUGCCUCAUCAGCAGCUUCAGAAGUUGAUCAUAAAGGAACUUAGGAUCCCAAAGUUUAAAAGAUAGAAUGAAAAUUUUGUGACAGGAGCUUACCUUAAAAAUUCAGUCGUCUGCACAAGAACUCGUCGGGAGAGUCCCAGACCCCUCUAUGUUUUUAUUUAAAGUAGUUGGUGAGGUGUUGAGGCACAGAAUUAGAGCAUUACUGAAUACAUGUAUUAUAAAAUCAAUAUUAUAAACAAAACAGGUUAGAAAUAUUUGGGGUCACGAACAGCGUUUCUCAAAUAUGCUUUCUAAAAGUGGAUGUACAUUAUUCUAUAUGUAAAAAAGUAAAUUCCUAAUUUUAACAGAGCUCUAAAGGUUGAUCUUUUUAGUGUACUUUUAUAGCAUGUAUAUUAAAAUAGAAUAUAUUUUAGCAAAAGAUUGCCAUAAAACCCUGACUUUGAUCACUUUUGUAUUUGCACUGUGAAGAGGGCCUAGAUUGCAGGUAGCAAUGCAGUGGUGGAGAAAUGCAUAACCGGGAACGCCUUCCACUGCAGUGGCUCAUUGCUGCAGAUUUGCUGGUUUUGGAGGCGCUCUCCUGGUACCGACUGCUUGACUUUUUAACCUGCGGGACGCAAAUGUUCCUCAGCGCGCUUUCGCCUUGUGCGUGUGCGAUUACUACUGAGAGUAAAGAGACCACACACCCCCCCCUUUCAUUUGUAGUAUCUCUCCAUUUGCACUUUGGUUAGAACAAAGAAUCACCUUGUUCAAAAAGGAAAAAGCAGAAACAGUUUAUAUAUACCGUGUAUGGGUGGCAGUUUAUAUGUGUCAAUCGGUUCUCUGAAUCUUUUACUGAAACGGAGAUAGGAAAAUAAAACUGAAACAAAUCAUA